CAGCCGCGCUCCGCGCUCUGGAAAGUGCCGGCGGUGCCGCCGCGCCUCCGCCCGCACAGGCUCCGCCGCUCCGCACCCGCGGCCGACAGGAUCGGCUCCUGCCUCUUCUCCCGCCCGCCYGCCGCGAUGUCCGCGCUCCUCCUGGCCCUGGCGACGCUCUGGGGAUUACCGUCCGUCGCCGAGGCGCUGACAGCUGCAGCCCGCGGAGAAGAGCAUCCCCUGUGUGACGUAGGGGAGUUCCUGUGCCACGAUCGUGUCACGUGUGUGUCCUGGCACUGGCUGUGUGACGGGGAGCCCGACUGUCCCGAUGAUUCAGAUGAGUCCUUAGACACCUGUCCUGAGGAAGCAGAUUUCAAAUGCUCCCCGAAUUUCAUCAGCUGCAUUGGGACCAACAAAUGCAUCCACUUGUCCCAGCUCUGCAAUGGGGUCUACGACUGCUCCGAUGGGUACGACGAAGGAGUUCACUGCAGGGAAUUGCUCCCCAAGUGCCAGCAGAUGAAUUGCCAGUACAAAUGUGCCAUCACCAGGAACAGCACCCGGUGUUACUGCAGGGACGGGUAUGAAACGGGCAGCGACGGGAGGAGCUGCACAGAUGUGAAUGAAUGUGACACGUAUGGGAGCUGUAGCCAGACGUGUGUGAACACAGAUGGAUCCUACACCUGCAGCUGCGUGGAGGGUUAUGUGCUUCAGCCUGAUAACAAGUCCUGCAAGGCCAAAAAUAAGCCUGCUGACAGACCUCCUCUUCUCCUGGUUGCAAGCUCUGAAACCAUYGAGGUUUUAUUCCUCAAUGGCAGCCAAAUGUCUGCUCGGAGCCCUGCGAAAGGAUCUGCAGUGGUGAGCCUGGACUUCAGCUACAGGGAGGACACCCUGUGCUGGAUUGAAUCCAGAGACCUCUCCAGUCAGCUCAAGUGCUCCAGGAUAACCAAAACUGGGCAGCUGCCAGAGGAGUGGACAAUAAACAUCGCCCAGUACCUUCACAAUGUACAGCAAAUAGCAAUCGACUGGAUCACGGGGAAUUUUUACUUUGUGGAUCACAUCAGUGACAGGAUCUUUGUUUGCAGCCAGAACGGCUCAGUGUGUGUGACCCUCAUCGAGCUGGACCUUAACAACCCCAAGGCCAUAGCAGUUGAUCCAACAUCAGGAAAGCUUUUCUUUACAGACUACGGGAACGCUGCCAAGGUGGAGAGAUGUGACAUGGAUGGAAUGAACAGGACGUGGAUAGURGACUCGAAAAUUGAACAGCCAGCUGCUCUGGCACUGGACCUCAUCAAUAAAUAUGUGUACUGGCUUGACAUAUAUCUGGAGACUGUGGAAGUCGUUGACUAUCAGGGGAGAAGGAGGCAAACSAUAACUAAAGGCAGACAAGUGAGGCAUCUUUGUGGUUUGGCAGUAUUUGAAAACAAUUUAUACACAAUUAAUUCAGAUAACCUCAGCAUUUUACGAAUAAACAGAUAUAAUGGCACUGAUGUUCAGGCUCUUGCUAGGCUGGAYGAUGCUAAAGAGAUCCGUGUGUACCAGAAAAGAACUCAAACAGCAGUCAGAAGCCACGCGUGUGAAGUGGACCCGUAUGGGAUGCCGGGGGGAUGUGCCCACAUCUGCCUCAUCAGCAGCAGCUACAAAGCACGGACUUGUCGCUGCAGGACUGGCUUCAUCCUGGGGAGUGAUGGCAGGUCAUGCAAAAGACCAAAGAAUGAAUUGUUUCUUUUUUAUGGGAAGGGACGCCCAGGAAUAAUCCGGGGAAUGGACCUGAAUACCAAAGUGUCUGAUGAAUACAUGAUCCCCAUAGAGAACCUGGUCAAUCCUCGUGCUCUGGACUUCCACGCUGAAACCAAUUACAUUUAUUUUGCUGACACCACCAGUUUCCUAAUUGGACGGCAGAAAAUUGAUGGCACAGAGCGAGAAACAAUCCUCAAAGACGAUCUUGAUAAUGUGGAAGGCAUAGCAGUGGACUGGAUUGGAAAUAAUCUUUAUUGGACCAAYGAUGGCCACAGGAAAACAAUUGCUGUUGCCAGGCUGGAAAAAGCUGCUCAGAGUAGGAAAACUUUAUUGGAGGGAGACAUGUCCCACCCUAGAGGAAUCGUUGUCGAUCCUGUCAAUGGCUGGAUGUACUGGACAGACUGGGAGGAAGAUGAAGUCGCUGACAGCGUGGGAAGGAUUGAGAAGGCCUGGAUGGAUGGCUACAGCCGGCAGGUUUUUGUCACCUCCAGGAUGCUCUGGCCCAAUGGGYUGACUCUGGACCAUCGUGCCAAUGUGCUCUACUGGUGUGAUGCCUAUUAUGAUCACAUYGAGAGGAUUUAUUUGAAUGGGACUGACAGAAAGGUGGUCUACAAUGGAAAAGAUUUGAAUCAUCCUUUCGGGCUAUCACACCAUGGAAAUUACAUUUUCUGGACAGAUUAUAUGAAUGGGUCAAUUUUCCAGUUGGACCUGGUGACAAGGAAUGUGACACUGUUGAGAAGUGAGAGGCCACCUUUGUUUGGGCUCCAGAUUUAUGAUCCACGUAAACAGCAAGGUGAUAAUGCCUGUCGUGUUAAUAAUGGAGGCUGCAGCACUCUUUGCUUGGCCAUUCCUGGAGGCAGAGUUUGUGCCUGUGCUGAUAAUCAGCUUUUGGAGGAAAACAGCACAACCUGCAUGAUGAAAGACGGGGAAGUGCUGCCCCAGCUGUGCCAGGCUGAGCAGUUCCAGUGCAGCAACAAGCGCUGCAUUCAGGAGCGCUGGCGCUGCGACGGCGACGACGACUGCCUGGACGGGAGCGACGAGCACUCAGACAUCUGCUUCAAUCACAGUUGUCCUGAUGAUCAGUUUAAGUGCCAGAAUAAUCGCUGCAUUCCCAAGAGGUGGCUUUGUGAUGGAGCUAAUGACUGUGGUAAUAAUGAAGAUGAAUCAAAUAAAACUUGUGCAGCAAGAACGUGUCAGGUUAAUCAAUUUUCUUGUGGGAAUGGACGGUGCAUCCCAACGUCGUGGUUGUGUGACCGGGAGGAUGACUGUGGAGAUGGAACCGAUGAAAUGGCAUCCUGUGAAUUCCCAACAUGUGAGCCACUCACUCAAUUUAUCUGCAGAAAUGGAAGAUGCAUUAGCAGCAAAUGGCUCUGUGAUUCAGAUGACGACUGUGGCGAUGGAAGUGACGAGCUGGGCUGCGUUCACUCGUGCUCUGCUGAUCAGUUCCGGUGUCACAAUGGCAGAUGUAUCCCCAGCCACUGGGCGUGUGAUGGUGACAAUGACUGUGGAGAUUUCAGUGAUGAAACCAAAACAAACUGCAGCAAGGAAGAAACUCCCUCUCCUGGAAGGUGCAGCGGGAGAGAAUUUCAGUGCAGUCCUGAUGGGAACUGCGUUCCUGAGUUGUGGCGCUGUGAUGGGGAAAAGGACUGUGAAGAUGGGAGUGAUGAGAAAGGCUGUAAUGGAACUCUGMGAGUGUGUGAUGAGAAAACAAAGUUCUCCUGCAAGAGCACAGGGAGAUGCAUUAGCAAAGCGUGGCUAUGUGAUGGCGAUAUUGAUUGUGAGGAUCAGUCUGAUGAGGAUAAUUGCGAGGGCUAUUUGUGUGGACCACCAAAAUACCCUUGUGCUAAUGAUACCUCCAUCUGCCUACAGCCUGAGAAGCUCUGCAAUGGGAGAAGAGAUUGUCCUGAUGGAUCUGAUGAAGGCGAUCUUUGUGACGAAUGUUCACUUAACAAUGGUGGAUGUAGCCAUCAGUGUUCUGUGGUUCCUGGAGGAAGAAUUGUGUGCUCCUGCCCUGCAGGAUUCAAUCUUACUGCAGACAACAAAACUUGUGAGGUUAUGGAUUACUGUACCAAGCACCUGAAGUGCAGCCAAGUCUGUGAACAGCACAAAAAUACUGUCAAGUGCUCAUGUUACGAAGGCUGGAAGCUCAGCAAGGAUGGAGAAAGUUGUGUCAGUACUG